GGUUGCCCGAUCUCGCAGUCGCGAAUCUCAUUCCGACUUCUGCGGCAGGACCACGUGGCCCCCGUCCGGAGUGACAGUCGGUGUUCGACAGUGAGUGCGUCAAGCCAAGUGUCUUUCCUCGCGGAUUUGUUGAUUCUCGCGAACGGAUAUUGUGACGCCGCCUGCUUCCGCUUCGAGGAAAUCUGCAGCUUCGGGAAAAACAAACGGCGAAUGAUCGAACGUGUCUCGCCCACGGUACCGGUGCGCUUUUCACCGAGGUGAUAGUCGUCACGGCGCCGAGAUAAGCCGGGAUGGACAGAAUGGCUCGUUACGACAACGAAGAAUCUUCUCCGCAUCAGUCCUUGCAGCUGGUGCAAUCAACUCACCCGGGUCAAUCAACUCACGCCACCGCGACCAUCAUCCCGACGUCCCCCGUGACGCCGAUCCUGGCAACGUGUGCCGUCACCGCGACCGACAAGGUCACUGCCACAACCACCAAUUCUACCCACGUGUCAGAUGCCGGAUCAGCUGGUAGCCCUACUACUACCUCGCCGCCGUCUUCGUUGGACUCCCGUAUACCGAGGCCGUCGCCGUCGGCUCUGCGUCGCGCCGCGAGCUUGCGCUUGCGCGGCGAACGACUACUACCACAUCAUCCGCGACCCACCACCGCCGCCGUCGCAGCCAGCACGGCCCUGGUCGGCCACCAACACCAUCCCCGUCGUCACAACCACCUCCUGCAGUCGCCGCAGCAGCAUCAACAUCCGGAUCAUCGUAUCUUCCCGGUCAUCACGGAGAAUGGAACCGACUCGCCGCGACAACGAUCCUUCAGUCUCUCACUGACACCGGUGAGGCCGCGGCCAGGUCACGCGGCCUCUGGGGGAUCGACGACAGCGGGAGUCAACGAUGACAGCGAUGCCGAGAGUGUUAAGAGUUACAGCAGCGCUUGCAGCACAGCGAGCGCCUGCGAGCAUGCUUCCUUCGCGUUGAACGGCACCACCUGGUCCGGUCGGUCGCGAAAAUAUGUUGUGCACUGCUCGAAUUACGUCGGCGACAACGAACAAUACCUUACGCCUACUCAGAGAGCGGCUAAACAAGUCCGAAAAUUUCAGGCUCUGUUGAAGGAGGCGCGCAAGGAGAUCGAUGAGAAGGACCGGGAGAUCUUGCGUUUGACGAAGGAGGUCGUAGAGUUGAGGUUGUACAAGGCUUCUCUGAACAGUCCAGAUGAGCGAACGGAUAGCAGCGACGCUCUCACCGUGCGCGAGAACAAUCCCUUUUCGCCGGAAUCGCCAAGCAAGGAUCUUCCUGAUGAAGGCGCCGCGGAGAAACCCGUCACCAGUCCGGAAACGCCGGAAAAGCGCGUGCACACGGAUCUCCCCUCGUCAUUAGCUGAUUCUGGACACUUCGAAGACGGUUCCGUCCAUUCGAAAGACUCCGUGUGCCUCCCUGAGUCACAGCCGGAGAUUACUGUCAGCACGACAACGUGUGCUAAUACGGUAUCCGACGAUAUUGUUCCUGAUACGAAUCCUGUGACGCCAACGAGCGAAGAACGAGAUGAAGAGAGACGUCGAUUAGUUAGUCAUUACGAAGGUAGAAUCGAGUAUAUGCAUAGGCGGCAUGUUGAUGAGUUGCAGGAGCUUAAACAGAAGCACAAUGACAAGGUGGAAAGCUUGUUGAAUCAAUUAUCUGAGGUUAAUACUCGUUACUGCGAAAUGCGCCCGGCUAUGGACAUUGCCGAAGCUCGCGCGCGUGAAUUAGAAUUGGAAUUAGAGGCUGUGAAGACUGAGCUUAAUGACCAGAAGACGCUUUUGAGUGAGCAGGAAGAAAGAAAUAAGCAAAUGUACCUGAAAAUGUAUGCCAAAGGUCAAGAAGCGGCGCGCAUCGAACAAGCCGAUCAGAUAUUCGUGCAGGCGCAUCAAUCACCGCCUAAAGUCACCGUUGCAGAGUUGCUUCAACAGCUAACUGUCACGCAAGCUGAGUUAGAGAAUAUUAAGGACACAAGCUACUCGCCUGAACCUCACAUUUCAGCCGAACGUAGCCAAAGUUUAUUAAGCGCUCAGGAGGCUGUUUCUCUCUGGGUCCUUGGCACACGUAAGGCAAUGUAUAGGCGUAUUGUAGAGACGAGAAGCAGCCAGGGUACUCUCGACCCAGAAAUUACCCUGCAGUUCCUAAAGUCGGCGAUCUACUAUUUCUUAACUGAUAAGGAGAAUCAUCACGGUCACUUAAAUGCUAUUGAAAGUAUCUUAGGUUUCACGGAUGCGGAAAGGCACAAUAUCGAUAGAUACUAUCGAUCAGCGAGAAAAUAAUAUUUUCUAAAAAUUUUCAAUAUAAAAAAGUUAUAUCAUUAUUGACGGCUGGUGUUACAUUAUGCAAUUUAAUACCCAAAUUUUUAAAUGCGUUUAGGUCUUUGGUAUCUUUUAAAAAUCAACAUUUUUAUGUGUGUUCAAAAAAUUUGUUUUAAACUUGAUAGAUAUAUCGAAAAUAUAUAUUAUAAAAGCAACAUGCUUCUCUUGCAAAAAUUGCUAGCUAAUCCAUAAAAUAUAUAUGGCGUAUAGUUUGUAAACAGCUAGCAAUUUUAGGAGAUUGCUUUUACUUGUAUAUUUAAAGUUCUGGGAUUUAACAGCAUAAAUUAUAUACAGCUUAGACUGAAUUUGUUUAUGACUGUAUAUAUCAUCAAUGCUCUGCGAUGGCCAUGUAUUACAAAUUAAUAUCACGCGUAUCGCAUGACUUGUAUGCUCUAAAUUAGUAGAUAUAUAAAUAUCCUAGUUACAUUCGAAAAAAAAGAUAUAUUGUCUAGUUAUUGCAAAUCAUAUUUCACUUCUUCAAUGAUUAUUAUGCAUGCGUUGCAUCAUAAUAAAAUAUUCUAAAAUUGAGCAAGAAAUAUAUGAUAUAUAUAACAAAUUGCUAAGGAAAAUUCUAAGUCGAGAAUUUAUCUAUUAUCUUUACGUAAUUAUUUGAAAUGCAUGCCCAUCUUUAUACGAGUAAAACUUGAAUAUAUAUCUUUCUCGUUAUCACGUGGGGAUUCCCACAGACAUAGAUAAAUAAAUUUAUUUAUAUAUUUGUUAUAAAUGAAAUAUAUAUCUAUAUACACAUACAUACAUAUAAUAUAUAUAUGUAUGUAUGUAUGUACAAUAUUCAGGAUAAAAAGAUCAGAGUUUUUGUCCGUCUUUCAAACUUUUAAAUAUGUACAAGAAAAUGAUUUUGAGGUAAAUGGUCACAAUGGAAAAGAAAUCAUUUAAUUGUAUAUAUGUAUAGUAACUCUGAAUCAUCCUGUAUAUAUUAUCUAUAUCAAAGUCUGCUGACAUGGCGUCCAGAUAAGGUAAUAAUAUGGAGACUGAAGGAUAUAUCUUGCCUUUUUAUCUGCUCGUAGCUUCAAGUUAAGUAGGUCGUGAAGAGUUAUACAAGUGCAACUAUUAGUGGAUAUCAAAAUGAGCACACUUCCUAUAUGUCUUAUAAUUAUAAUUAUUCAUUUUUUUACGGGAUAUUUUCAUGUAUUUAAAUUAGAACCAAAGAGUAGUGAGGCAGUUAAUUAUUGUGAACGAAUAUUUGAUUAUAAUCAAGUUUAAUGCUUGGCACCAACCAGCACCAACUAUCGGAUUAAAGUUACCUUUUGUUAUCAAAGCUCUGAACUCUUGUUCAGCAAUUAAGAAUAUUGUAAAAUUAGAUGUAAGUAAUUUUCUUUUUGCCUUUUUUCUUUUUAAAUCUUAAUGUUGUGAUCUGAAAGUUUUACGUUAAUUAUUGUGUUAUAUUGUAUGAUUUAAAAUCGCAAUAUGAAUGGAAACGAUAAUUUCUUUAGCACUAAGAUUUUUGUAAUUUCGAAUGAAAUUAGUCUGAAAAGUGUACGUCUAAGGUGCCAAUAAGUACGAACGUUCAUAGCACAUACAGAUCGUUUCUUGAAGCAACAUUCUUCUAAUAAAUGUUUUAUAAAUCAAGAAACAGAAAUAUAUAUUGACAGUAAUACUGUAUCAAAACGUCCAAUGUCCAAGGAAAGAAUAUAGUUUCAUAUAAUAUGUAAGUGCGAUCACACAUUUCUCUAACUCCGAAGUGGUAAAUAAUGUUUAUUUUAUAAUGAAGUUCCUUUUAUGUGGGUGUUAUAAUGCUAGGCCUAAGUAAGAUCGAUUAUAGCUAAUAAAAUGUCAUUCCAUCGAAAAUAAUGACAAAAAAUUCUAGAGAUAAGCAUUUGACACUUUUUAAAUAGAAUAUUGUCCAAUUUUGUCUCUGAUAUAGUGUUUUCCGCGAAUUUAAUAAUUACGUACAAUAACAAAUUCACGUUUUACUUGAUCCUUAUUUUUAUAUGCAUCUUGGUGAGGAACAUUCUGUCUCAUUAAUUUAUCCACAUACUCGUCAGUGUUUUGAUUGUAUUAUGCAAUAGAAAAAAAAAUUUAAAUAAAAAUUCCAAAGCUUUAAUA